AUGAUUCCUCGUAAUAUUAUGGACGAAGCGUCCAAAAACAAAACUGACCUUCCUCAACCAAAAGCUAAUAAUAAACUACAAGGACAGCAAGUGGCUGCGCUUUUGAGGGAUAAACAUGAUUACGAUUAUGAUAUUUUUGGAAGCACACGGCAAGAUAUUAGUCGUUCUAAUAGUGCUCCGCCAACUCAAGUGGUAGAUCAGCUUGGUCGGUUUGAUCCUUCAGAACUAGAUAAUCCAUCACCUUCCGAUCCACGCUUAGAUCCUGACUAUCCGGCAUUUUAUUACAUGAAUUCUCGUCUUGAUCCUAGACUUCCUCCCCCUUUAUAUACUCCCGGUCAAUCUUGGCAAUUAUGGGCUGGUGGCGGUGGUUUGGGUGGUUUAAAUCAUAAAUCAAAUGGUGCUCAAGUUCCGAAGCCUAAAGUUUUAGAAAAAUUCCGUGGCAUGG